UGGUGACGGGGUGGCGAACAAUAGACCGGCAACAAGAUGCUGAUAAAUUCCGCCUUCGGCCGGACAUUCCUCUUCCUCACUAAGCUCGCGUGGAAGAAUCGUGUCGCCCUGCCGGCCCUUAUCAUGGUCGGGUGUAUGGUGCUAAACUAUCGUGGCGAGAUCGAGAUUAACAUCCACACGGAACGGAUCGCGCUGCACGACCUGCCGAACCAUCGGCACCACCAGCAGCAGGGUGGUGCGUUUGCGGGCAUUGCGAUUGACCAUCUGGAGGACUACAGUGAUGAGGAUGAGGAGGACGAGGAAGGUGCGGAUGAUCUGUACAAUUACGACGAGAGCGAUGACGAUGAGGACGACGAGUUCUUUAGCUACGAUGAGGACGAUGGGGACGACGAUACGUAUGAUGAUGAGGAUGAUGAGGAUGGGCCGCUGGGGGACCGGAUGCUGAAUGGGACGAUCCGAUUGAAUUGGUACACCACACUCAAUAUUCACAACGCUCGUAGGUAGGA